ACCCUCCCCUGAAGCCGACCACACCGACUAGGAUCUCUGAGGAGGGCGACGAUGUUUUGGGCGACUACACGGUGGGCGAGCAGGUCUGGGUCAACGGUGUCAAACUAGGAGUUAUUGCUUACCUCGGGGAGACCCAGUUUGCCCCGGGACAGUGGGCAGGCGUAAUACUGAAUGACCUAGUUGGCAAAAACGAUGGUUCAGUGGGUGGCGUGCGCUACUUCGAGUGCCAGCCCCUCCAGGGCAUCUUCACGCGACCCUCCAAGCUCACACGACAGCCGGUCGGAGAGGGGAGCGACAGCCACUCCACUGACUCACUCUCUGCCCAGAAUCAGACUCAGCAGGGUGGCGGUGGAGCCCCCGCUGGCCAGCGGGUGGUAGUGCCCCUCAGAGAGGGCCUGCUCAACAGCGCCGUGAAAACGGGCAACGAGUCGGGGUCCAACAUGUCCGACAGCGGCUCAGUAAAGAAAGGUGGAGACAAGGAUCUUCGAGUUGGAGAUCGAGUUUUGGUCGGAGGCUCAAAGAUGGGGGUCAUACGAUACAUGGGGGAGACGGACUUCGCCAAGGGGGAGUGGUGCGGGGUGGAGCUAGACGAGCCCCUGGGAAAGAAUGAUGGUGCAGUAGCUGGUACAAGAUACUUUCAGUGUCUUCCCAAGUUCGGCCUCUUUGCUCCGAUCCACAAGGUGAUCCGCAUCGGUUUUCCCUCCACCAGCCCGGCCAAGGCCAAGAAGAGCAAGCGUAUGGCCAUGGGGGUUUCGUCUCUGGCCCACAGCCCCAGCAGCUCCUCCAUCAGUUCAGUCAGCUCGGUGGCCUCCUCCGUGGGCGGACGACCGAGCCGAGCUGGGCUGUUGACGGAGACGUCGUCUCGCUACGCCCGGAAGAUCUCCGGCACCACGGCGCUGCAGGAGGCUCUGAAGGAGAAGCAGCAGCACAUCGAGCAGCUGCUGGCCGAGAGAGACCUGGAGCGAGCCGAGGUGGCCAAGGCCACGAGCCACAUCUGUGAGGUGGAGAAGGAGCUGAACGUCCUCAAGACGCAACACGUGCAGUAUGUAGCAGAGAAUGAGAGCAGCCUCCAGCAGGUCAAAGCCUUAUUGGCCAGCGCACAGAAAGAUAAGCUGGAACUGGCCAAUCAGCUUGAAGAAGAGAAAAGGAAAGUUGAGGACCUGCAGUUCAGAGUGGAGGAGGAGUCCAUCACCAAAGGAGACCUGGAGACACAGACGAAAUUGGAACAUGCCCAUAUUCGUCGGCUUGAGCAGAGUCUGCUCCUCGAAAAGUCGAGAGCAGAGGCGCUUCUCAAAGACUUAGAGAGGAGGAGGCAAACCACCGUGGAGGAGCAGAGUCGCAUCAUGCAGCUCGAGGAGGAGCUCACCCUCAGGAGAGCGGAGAUCAAGAACCUCCAGGCUCAACUCGGAGGAGGGUGCGACUCCGGCUCGCAGCAACCCGGCGACGGCGACGCGACCGGCGGCUCCGACGCCCAGCCGGAGGCCGUCCUCCUGCGGGAGCAGCUGCUGUCGGCCGGCCGCGAGCACUACAAGGAGAGCAGCGAGCUGAAGGAGAAGUUCGAGACGGCGUUAGGAGCCAGCCAGCAGGAGGUGCACUCCCUGAAGACGGUGGUGGACAAACAGAACCAAGAGAUUAGUGAGCUGAAGCAGAAAGUCCAACAGGCCACCAAGGAGAACAUGGACAUGAUGGACACCUGGAAGACUAGAUUUGACAGUUUAGUGAGCGACCACCAUCGGUCUCUGGAGGAGCUGAAGGCCUCGCUGAGCAGCAACCAUGCUGCUCCUGAAGGUCAAGAGCAGGACGCCCAGGAGCUGAGAGCCGCCCUGGAGAGCCUGAAGAUGGAGCACCAGCUGGAGAUGGAAAACCUCAAAGCCAAGCAUAAGAUCCAGGCUGCGAUCCUGACCAAGGAACACGAGGACCUCAGCACUCGUCUGCAGGAGGCCAAGGACCGGCUGGAUGAGAGCGGCCACACGUGGAGGGCCGAGGUGGAGGCUAAAAGCGGGAGGCAGGCGCUGGAGGAGGCGGUCGAUAAGCUCCAGAAAGCGGAGCAGAGGCUGGUGGAGAUGGAGACGCUUCGGACGGAGCAGGACAGGAACACGGAGGAGCUGAGGGGGAGGCUGGAGCUGUCGGAGAAGAAGAUGACGGAUUACCAGGCUCUGCAGAAAGCUCAGGCCGAGAGCCAGGAGGAGAUCCAGAAACUGGAGGAGAAUCUGAGGGUGACAGCGAACCAGCUCCAGGCCAUCCAGGCGGACCGCUACACUUCCCACGAUGCAAACGUGAUAGAAGAUAAUGAAAUUUCAGAUGAGAAGAUGAAGCUGAAACAGAAUAUCGAAGAAACAAUGGAGAAGUUGUUGAAAAGGGAAAAAGAGGUCACUACUCUCACUUCCCAGGUCGAAGCCCUCAAAUCACAGACGGGAGCGCUGGAGGGAAAAGUUCGGACGGGGGAGAAGAAACUCGAAGCCCUGGCGAGGGAGAAGGUCCGCGUGGAGGCAGAGCUGGAGUCCAUGACUAAGAAGUCCCAUGAUGCCUCUGGGCAGCUGGUCAGCAUCAGCCAGGAUCUGCUGAAGAAAGAGAGGAGCCUGAACGAGCUGAGGGUGCUGCUCCUGGAGUCGCACCGCCACUCGAGGGACAUGGAGAAAGACCUGAACCGAGAGGUGCACAAGGCCGAGUGGAAGGUGAAGGAGCAGAAACUCCAGGACGACAUCGGGACGCUGCGAGAAAAACUCCUCCUGCUGAGUCGGGAACGAGCCUCGCCCGACCACCGGCGCUACUCCAUGCUGGACCCCUCGGCUCUGGACUCGGAGGUGAACCGUCUGCGCCAGCGGCUGCUCAGCACAGAGGACGCCCUGAGGAACGCCUUGGAACACAACCAGCAGGUCGACCAGCUGGUGCAGGCCAUGCGCAGGCAUCCGGACAAGAGCCCGGCACAUGGCGCCAAUUCAGCCAACGGGAUUCAUCACCACGAGUCCGGCAGCGCUCGAGAUGAUCAACACUGAUCCAAGCAGAAGAGAUGAAGCCGAACUGAGACGUGCGGAGGUUCGUCUGAAAAAAGGAAAAGUCGUCCAACAUUUUUCUCCCGAUUCCUGCGAUGGACGCCUGAGCAACAUUUCAGUUGACAGUUACAAACCAAAACAGCAAAUCUUUAUCUCCAGUGAAUUUAUGUGUCGUUGCAGAAAGCACCUAUUAGCCAAUCAUGAAGACCGCGUAAAGUUCUAUUCAGUAUAACCAGGAAACGGACGAGACGAGGACGUGAAGAGAUUCUCCGCUGAUUACACGCAACUUCUGACGAUGCACAGUUGUUAGAAAGUUUAAAUCUACAAGUUGCCAGGAACAUUUGACAAUUCAGAAAACACAACCGCUGACGGACAACGCUGCGAGGACUUAAGAACUGGGUCUCAGUUGCUUUGUUAGUUUUAUUUAUUUAGCUUUCGCUCCUCGGCUCUGUAGUAAUCAUCUGUUCUGUAGCUGAGACGUCUCUUGAGGGACGGGCGCUGACGUCACCUUCCUCGAUAUCUGACGAGAGUACCGGAGGCACAGUCGUCACAGUUGCUCUUCUCCAGCGUCACGCUCCUGUUUUAGUGUUAAUAUGAGGCUGACCUGUAUUAUUGGUAGUUUUCAAAAACUCCACCCAGAAUCUGUGUUUUUAAAUCUGAAAAACAAACACGGCAGUUUUGAAAAACGGCUUCAGAGCAACUUUUAUUUCAUCCUCGGUUGUGAUGAGUUUGAAUCAUGGACUGUAAAUAAAGAUGGACGACAUGACGGCUCCCCAAAGCGUCUCGUAUAUCUUUUUGGACAUGGAGGAGGUGCAUGAGCUAUACCGCCAGCCAGCCAGCAGGGGGCCAUCGUGAGGCUCUGGCUUCACUUUGAGGGAUCUGUCGUGUCGUCCAUCUUUACUUACAGUCCUCGAUCCAGCUUUAAGAUCUUUGUACACCAAGCCCGUACUUUUUGUCUUUUAAUCCGCCAGCCAAUAAAAAGCCUCAAGCACAGAAACCUUGAACACUGAGUCCGAUGUCUUUUAUUUCUCUACAUGUUCUAAAUAAAACAUAAACGCUGGGUCCAUCCCGACCCUGAGAGGCCGUCAGGAACAAGGAGAAUUUCAAAUUCUGAUCAGGGAGCUGCGAAAUUAUCCCGACAGCUUUCACGUCUCAAGACCGAGCUUUUAAAAGAAGAGAACGAAAUUCUGUGAAACCUGUUCCCAAAACUUUAAGGACGGGUGAAACUUUCGAUUUAUUUUGAGAACGUGCAACAAUUUCAGACAGAAAAUACAAAUUUGGUGAACAAAGACUUUUCGAGCUGAUCCUUCGUAUUAUACCUUAAACACGAUGUUCUUGUGGACGGACUAUGAUGAUGUUAGAACCAAUCCUCUCUUCAGGCGGAUCAGAAGCAGUGUCUCAGUUCAAGCGCUGCAUUCUUCAGAGGGGCGCGGUCUACCCGGCCCGCAAAGACCGCCUCCAUCGGAGGCCGCGUGGACGACGAGGGCGGAAACGAGAAUGUUUUAACGUCCCUUGGUUUUUCAUCCAGCUCUUCACAGACCGAAUAUAAUGAAUCAUUCCAGAUGUUUUUCUUCCAUUUAGUAAAACUGUUCAGAUACAAGCUGUCAGUGAUGAUGAACUAUUUCAUUUUCAGUGAAUCAACACAGACUCCGUCCGUGCAGUCGGAUUAAAUAACUUCAGUAUAUGAUUAAUAUAUUUAAUGAAUCACACCGUCCCUGGUUUUACUUUACUGAUGUUUUAUUAUGUUUUCUGAAGGGCUGUCAAACAAUCCACCCCCCCCCCCCCAAAAAAAAAUGUGAUAACAUCUGUAUUUCCUUCUCAACAUUUAUAGAAUUUAUUCUGCAAGUCUUCCAAAUAUUGCUUUAUCCAUUUGUUGACCGAGCGAGGAGAUGGUGAUUGUUGUGGGUCAAAGGUCGCAGGAGACACAACACAGAGGUGAAGCAGGAAGCGUCUCCUGUGUUAGACCCGCACGAGGGCAGACGCUGGUUGACUGUUUUUUUUAGCUGGAGGGUUCGAACCCGUUGGAUUAUUGCUGCAAUGUUUUUCGGAGAUUGAGUCAUUAAAUAUUAACGGUGUGGUCAAGGA